AGCACAUGUCAAUGUGACCUACCUACGCCAUGCCGUUCAGAUGUGACUGCACGAGCGCACUUUAUUCACGCGCCAGGGCGCGCACUCCACAUUUAUCGCCAAGUACAAAAGUCACUUUGAGCUGUUCACCACCUUGAAGAUAUCAAGGAUCUGUCAGCGGAGGGAACAUGGCUGAGGAUAUCAAGGGCAAAUUGGAGAGGUACCGUACGGCACCCUUCGAUUCGCGAUUCCCCAACACAAACCAGACCAAAAACUGCUGGCAGAAUUAUUUAGACUACCAUCGCUGCCAGAAAUCCUUGGAGUCCAAAGGUGUGGAUGUGGCCCCAUGCGACUGGUACAAGAGGGUCUACAAAACUCUUUGCCCAAUUUCCUGGGUUGAGAAAUGGGAUGGCCAGAGAGAUGAUGGAACCUUCCCUGGAAAGAUCUGAAUAUCGCCUUGGUGGUUGUCAGGGCAACCGAAGAGUGUGAUGUGCAGACUGGUCCCUGCAGCUGGUCGGGGCCUUUCAUGUCUCCCAUAGUACACCUGUGUAACUGUGGUAUUAUGGGACUGAGCCAUUCCUUGUGUUAUGAACAUGAAUAUAUUUUGCAGCAGUAUCUGCCUUAAAAGCCGUAGGCAUUGACUUCUGACGUGGUGUUCGAGUCAUCUAUGGGAAGCACUGUUGUUUCUUUUUACCAUUAUCUUAAAGGCAUAGUCCUCAAUCCUGGCAAAUUUGACAGGCAGUCACACACCCCUUCCUUCAGUACUCCUGAGGCAACGUUGCUGAUUGGCUAGAAUAGAAUACUUUAUAUAGUCUCUUUGUUUCUGAUUUGCAGAGCCAGGAUUGUGUAUAAACACUGGAGAAUAAACAAGGAGAAACUCGCUGAAUUUGA